AUGCUGGUCUUACCACGCCCGGAAAAGCGUGUCACUGGGAUGCUAACCAGAGAACUGCGGGCGUCUCUUCCUUGGAACCUCGGCGCAAGUGGCAAGUCGGGCGAAGAUGUUGCAGAACCGCCUGAUCCUCAGUUAAACGAAAUCGAGGGUAUGCUUGCGAGGCUCAGGCAGCACAAGACCGCCGUAACCCGUAAAGCCGGAUUCUCAGUUCACGCACCCGAAGCGCUCCGCGGCCACGAGAGCGAGAACCCGGAAGGAGUUAAUGAAAAGGAAGAAAAAGCCAAAAUAGGCUUCCGCGUUCACAGCAGACGGAACGCUUCAUCCGCGCAAUUCCGCCAUGCGUCGUCGACUUCUUUGGGGAGCAAGCAGUUCAUCUGCAUGGGCGAGAGGGCCGUCCUCUGCCCGAUUCCACCUCUCCCGCCGCCUAAGGCAGAGGGCGAGGUCCACAAUCGAAGCGGGAGAAGCUCCCAGCGAAAAUCUCCUGGUGGAGAACAGCCCGCCGACUCGAAGCCUAAACCAGCACCAGGACCCAUCCCGAUGAAGAACUGUGGUCGCGGGUGGUACGGGGUACAGUACGGACACGGCGGUAAAUAUGGACACUAA